AAGUGUGGCGCAGCGAUCACACAGCUGAACGGAUUUCCAGUUUAUGCAGCUUAUUCAGCACAUUGAGAUUCCCGCGUUAGGCCAGUCAUGGGAAGCACCGAGAAGGAGGGUUUGUUUAUCGAUCGGGAUUGCAACUACGCUGCUGUGACACAAGGAAUGGAGGCUUGCUUCACCGCAUUCGAUAAAGACUGUGAUGACAACCUAAAUCUGAAAGAAUUCGAAACUUUAUGCAGAGCACUGUUUCGUGAUGGCAAAGAUGAAAGUUAUGACAUUGACAGAAAUCAUUUGGAACAGAUAUUCCAAGUUUUUGAUAAGAAUAACAACGGUCUUAUCGAUAGAGAAGAAUUUGUCUCUUGUUGGAACGACUGGAUAAAAAUUAUCGUAAAGCCGGUUUCAGCAAUAGUUGUAGUGGACGUACAGAACGACUUCAUUUCCGGCUCUUUAGACGUUCGAAAAUGUCCUGCCAGUCAAAAUGGCGAGGAGAUCGUAGAUCCAAUCAACAACCUCCUGGAGAAGAUACAGUUCGAGGCCAUCUUCUACUCCCUGGAUUGGCAUCCUAUCGACCACGUCUCCUUCAUCGAGAACGUGCACAGCAGGCCUAUACACGAAUCUAGCCCAAUUAGCGCUGAUAACGCCAAAGUCUUCGAUACCGUCAUCUUCGACGGGGAUCCCCCCAUAAAACAGAGGCUUUGGCCGAAGCACUGCGUGCAGAAUUCGUGGGGGGCCGAGCUCCACAACAACCUCAAAGUUGCCGAGAAUGCUAUAAAAAUUUAUAAAGGUACAAAUCCGGAUAUCGAUUCCUACUCUGUUUUCUGGGAUAAUAUGAAGUUGUCAGAUACAAAACUGGACGCACACCUAAGAGCUAACAAAAUAACAGACGUAUACAUUUGUGGAUUGGCCUAUGAUGUUUGUGUGGGGGCAACUGCUGCUGAUGCCUUAUCAAGCGGUUAUAGAACCAUCCUGAUGGAAGACUGUUGCAGAGGAGUAGACCUUUUAAGUAUGGAACAGACAAAACAGCAUGUUCUAGGCAACCACGGUGUCGUUGUAAGUUCCAAAGAAGUCCCAGAGAUGGUCUCUGGCAAUAACAGAAGACCUGAAUUAGGUUAUCAAUUGGCGAUGACCUUGAAAAAGAAGAAAUAGAAGAGAACUGUAGAUUUCAAGCCUAAUAGAUUUCGGAAUUAGGUCGAAUUGAGCCAAUUAUCAGUAUUUUAGUUAUAAGGGUUAUUUGGUUUUACUUGCCUAAGCUUUGAUAUGAGCAACAAGUCAGUAUUCAUGUUUCAUUUUUAUUUUUCCAGUUUGCUGUUGUUGUAAUGUUAACUUUAACUGUUUAUUGUUAAAUUGAAAGUGUUGAACAUCUUUAUUCUCAAUAGAUCAAAAAUGAAAGACAA